AUGGAUAGUGAUAGUGAAGGUCACGUUCUUCACCCGAAGCGUCGAUCUCGAUCUCGGUCUCGGUCUCCAUCCAAGGUCUCUGAAUCUGAUGGCACUACUAAAGAACCGGUUUUCUUACACGGCGACUUGGAUCUGUGGAUAUUAGAAGCAAAGUCUCUUCCCAAUUUGGAUUUUUCAACCGAAGCGGUGCGAAAAUGUUUCACUAUGGGGAACCGUUGCUCCCCGCCAUUUAUGAAAGGGCUCAAGACACACUCUGGGAAACACAAAAUGAUAACCAGUGAUCCUUAUGUCUCUGUUUGUCUCGCUGGGGCUACCGUAGCUCAAACUAGAGUCAUUUCCAAUUGCGAGAACCCUUUGUGGGAUGAGCAUUUUGUUGUCCCAGUUGCUCACCCUGUUCACAAAGUGGAGUUCCAUGUCAAGGACAAUGAUGUUCUUGGAGCUCAACUCAUCGGAGUGGUUGAGAUACCUGUUCACAAGAUUCUCUCCGGAAACAUUAUCAAUGAUUGGUUUCCAAUCAUUGCCCAGUAUGCAAGCUGCUUAAAACCUUAUCCUGAGUUGCAUAUCUCUGUUCACUUUAGGCCAGUUGGAAUCAUCAACCCUUCAUCAGAUUCUGAGUCAGAUGACAACGAUUAUCUGGGAGUUCCUAAUACAUAUUUUCCUCUCCGAAAAGGUGGGGCUGUGACUCUGUAUCAAGAUGCACAUGUACCGGAUGAUGAUAAGCUACCUGAGAUUCUACUUGAUGGUGGAAAGGUAUUUCAGCAUGGUAAAUGUUGGGAGGAGAUAUGCCAUGCGAUUUUGGAGGCUCACCACCUUAUAUAUAUUAUAGGGUGGUCACUUUACCACCCAAUAAAGCUUAUUAGAGAGCCAACAAAACCCUUGCCCUCUGGUGGAGAGCUUUCGCUUGGAGAGUUGUUGAAAUACAAGUCACAAGAAGGGGUCCGCGUGGUUAUGCUGAUUUGGGAUGACAAAACGUCGCAUGACAAAUUUCUUUUGAAAACAGAAGGUGUCAUGCAGACUCACGAUGAAGAAACUAAAAAGUAUUUUAAACACUCCACUGUUCACUGUGUGCUUGCCCCACGUUAUGCAAGCAAUAAGCUCAGUAUUUUCAAGCAACAGGUUGUGGGGACCCUUUUUACGCAUCAUCAGAAGUGUGUGCUCGUAGACACUCAAGCAUCUGGGAAUAAUCGGAAAAUAACUGCUUUUAUUGGUGGCUUGGAUCUCUGUGAUGGCAGAUAUGAUACUCCUGACCAUCGGCUUUUUGAUGAUCUAGAUACUGUCUUUAAAAAUGAUUUUCAUAAUCCUACAUUCCCAUCAAAUUCGCAUGGGCCAAGGGAGCCAUGGCAUGACUUGCAUUGCAAAGUCGAGGGUCCAGCUGCAUAUGACAUAUUGACCAAUUUUGAGCAGAGAUGGAAGAAAGCCAAAAAAUGGCGUGAUUUCAGGCUCAAAAAGGUGACAAGUUGGCAUGAUGAUCCUUUGCUAAGCCUAGAACGAAUUUCAUGGAUUCUCACUCCAUCUUCUGAUCCUGAAGGUGAUAGAGCUGUUCGUGUAACUAAUGAGGAUGAUCCUGAGAGUUGGCAUGUGCAGGUAUUUCGGUCAAUAGAUUCAGGAUCUGUGAAAGGUUUUCCAAAGGAUGUUCGGGAAGCUAAGGCUCAGAAUCUUUUCUGUGGAAAAAAUUUGAAAGUAGAUAAAAGUAUUCAUGCGGCUUAUGUAAAAGCAAUAAGAUCAGCUCAACGCUUCAUAUAUAUUGAGAAUCAGUAUUUUUUGGGAUCCUCGUAUCAUUGGCCUUCACACAAAGGUGCAGGUGCAAAUCACUUGGUUCCCAUGGAAUUGGCUUUAAAAAUCGCCAGCAAAAUCAGUGCAAAUGAACGUUUUUCUGUGUAUAUAGUUAUUCCAAUGUGGCCAGAGGGGGUUCCCACUAGUGCUUCUGUUCAAGAAAUUUUGUUCUGGCAGGGACAGACAAUGUCUAUGAUGUACAGAAUUGUUGCCGAUGCGCUUAAAAAGAGUGGUCUUUCCGAUCAUCCGCAAGAUUAUCUCAAUUUUUACUGUCUUGGAAAGCGCGAACCUCAAUCCUCAGAAUGUCCAUUAACACCAACUCAUCCAGCGGAAAACCGUGCUUUGGUAUCAGUUCAAAAAUUCAGACGUUUUAUGAUUUAUGUUCAUGCAAAAGGAAUGAUAGUUGAUGAUGAAUACGUAAUCAUGGGAUCUGCAAAUAUUAACCAGAGAUCCUUGGAUGGUUCAAGAGACACAGAAAUAGCUAUUGGUGCUUAUCAGCCAAAGUAUACAUGGAAAGAAAAGAAUUCUCAUCCUCAUGGCCAGGUGUAUGGUUACAGAAACUCACUCUGGGCUGAACACCUUGAGAGUCUUGAUGAAACUUUUGCUGAACCACACAGCCUAGAAUGUGUUAGAUAUGUCAACAAUAUAGCCAGACAAAACUGGGAUGCAUACGUGUCUGAGGAAGGUAAGGAGAUGAGGGGACAUUUGAUGCAGUAUCCAGUUCAUGUCAGCUGGGAUGGAGAAGUCCAUGCACUUCCAGACUAUGAGACCUUUCCUGAUGUUGGUGGUAAAAUUCUUGGAUCAUCCAAUUCUCUUCCGGAUGCACUAACCACCUGA